CGCGGGUCUUCUUCUACGGUCAUUCCGUUUCGUUAGCACACUGUAACGUGUAUUCGUCAGUAGAGCACGUAUAGAGCACGAUGCCUCAACAUGUAACGAACGAGUCUCCAAUUUCACUUUCCGUCAUUUGUUUCUUCAUGAAUAAAUCGCGUUCAUCAGUUUUUCGCGCGGCCUAGCAUCAUCCGCGAUUCUUUUCGCACUCAACGGACUCAUAAAAAAAUUUCAAGUGCGUUUGGCCGGGAGUGCAAGAUAGCCCGUUGAUUCGAUUAGACUUGAGCGUCGGUGAGAAUUUACUGGAAAACGCACUCGCACGCGACUGAGCGGAAAGUGCGGCCAAGCGUUAAGCGUGUAGAAUAUUCAUAUACUUCAUUUGGAAAGAUGACAGCGAAAAGUACUUUAACGUGUACAUUCGAGUCGCAGGAGGAACGGAGGUAUAACAUAUUGCAUGCCUAUCGAACAUUUUCUCAGUGUUUUUACACAUAUGUUGAUCUUUUCGAUACGAAAGUCAAUCUUAACGUUCGAAUCUCGAGUCGUAGAACUCUCUCUCUCUCUCCUUCUCUCUGUUUAUUUCAUGGCUACAGGCCUGUCUUGUGAUGACGUGCGCGGUAGCUGCGCAGGCUCGCAUCGAUCUUGCUUGCUCAGCUGAUACAUUUGCUGCUGUAUUUCGCAGUUCUGCUCCGCUUAAAAUACGUUAGUAACAACAGUUGGAAGGGUGCUUGACGUUGCACAGGAUGUAGCCGAAAACUCUGACAUGGCGUGGAAUUUCUCGCCCGCCGAUCGAGAGGUACACACGAGAAAGUACGGUUGUAGAUGGUGAGAAACGGACGACAUGUCUUCCGAAGAAAAACAAUGAGAGCUUCCUCGCCUUCGUCCAGCACGAGCUCCGUAUGCACCAGCGCCGACGAUGCGCCCCGGUGCACCGGCUACGAGAGGACUCAGUUCCUCGACUUGGAGGAUGUCGGGACCGCCUGGCUCCUCGGCUCGCACUCCUCGCACGAUAGAUCGAAACGAGUGCUCGAGAGGUUUAAAAUAGAUAAAUCACAGUUUCGCGUGCAACAUGUUAUCAUAAUCGGUGCCGUCGUAGCAGCGUUGAUAAUCGCCGUAAUUAUCGGUUUAAGUGCGUAUGCACGUAGCGGCACGUCAGACUCGCGAAAUGAAAAUGAAUUUCUGAUGCCACCCGAUCCAGAGAGCUUUCAGCCGCCGUCGUGGAGUAAGUUGAGGACUUUCAAACGCGGUGCCGUUUGCGCGGACGGAGCACCAUGUGCUGUUAUCGGCAAAUCGAUUCUGGAACGGAACGGAUCAGCGGUGGAUGCUACACUGGCCGCACUAAUAUGCAACGGACUCGUGAACAUGCAAAGUCUAGGCCUCGGUGGUGGAUUUCUAAUGACGAUUUAUCAAAGAUCCACGCACCAGGCUUUCGUUCUCAAUGCAAGGGACCGCGCACCUUUGGCAGCAAAUUUCACGAUGUACAAUGGCAAACCCGCAAAUGCAUCUUCAUUCGGCGCAUUGGCAGUCGCCGUGCCCGGUGAACUAGCCGGUUACUGGGAAGCUCAUCAGCAGUUCGGUAGAUUGCCAUGGGCGGACUUGUUCAAACCGAGCAUCGAACUCUGCGAAAAAGGCUAUGUCCUGACACUAGUGCAACACGAUGGCUUUACGUAUAAUAAGAAAAGUAUUUAUAACGAUCCAACUCUAAGAGAACUGUUUGUCGAUCCCGCGACCAACGAAUUCCGCAAACCGGGUUCCGUGAUUAAACCCCACGCACUUUGCGAAACACUGCGGAUUAUUGCCGAGAGAAAUGCGACUGAAUUUUAUAACGGAACGAUUGGACAACUUCUCGUCAAGGAUUUGCAAGAACAAGGAGGAAUCAUAACAAUGAAGGAUCUUAACGAGUACAGAGUUUCGUGGGAUCAACCGAUACAGACAGAUCUUUCGGGCGGAAUAAAACUUUUGACAACGGGACUACCUGGUGGAGGAGCUCUUCUAUCGUUUAUUCUCAAUGUCUUCGACGAUUAUGGCUUCACGCCAGCCAGCAUAGCCGAUUUUAAUUCAACUAUCCUCACAUAUCACAGAAUGAUAGAAACGUUCAAGUACGCAUUCGCAUUAAGAACGAAUCUGGGCGAUGGAGCUUUCGUCGAUAUGAUUGAGAUAACCAAAAAUUUGACAUCGAAGAGCUUCGCGCGUGCGAUACGAGAAAAAAUAGAUGAUACGAAAACGUGGCAAGAUCCAAAGCACUAUGGCUCUUCUACCUAUGCUAGUGUCGAAGACCACGGUACCGCACACAUAUCGGUACUGGCACAGAAUGGCGACGCAGUAUCGGCUACCAGUACCAUCAACUUUUAUUUUGGAAGCGGAAUCGUGAGCAAAAGAACCGGCAUUCUGUUAAAUAACGGCAUGGAUGACUUCAGUAUUCCGUCGCAGUACAAUUACUUCAAUAUGCCGCCAAGCCCUAACAAUUAUAUCGCGCCUAAAAAGCAACCAUUGUCCUCGAUGGUGCCGUCCGUUCUGGUCGAUCGGCAUGGCGAUGUCAAAAUGAUCAUGGGUGCCGCCGGUGGGACGAGAAUUACGACAGCAGUGUCGCAAGUGACCGCGAAAAUACUUUGGAUGAAGCAGACGGUUAAGGAGGCAGUGGAUUCAGCGAGAAUACACCAUCAACUGUUUCCGCCGAAGGUAUCUUACGAGUACGGGAUUCCUAAGCAGGUGAUCGAUGGUUUGAAACGUUUGGGACACACCACAAAGCGUUACAGGGUUCGUGGUAGCGUAGUAUGCGUCAUAUUAUAUGAAAAUUCCACGAUUUUCGCGAAUGCUGAUUAUCGCAAAGGCGGUGAUGUCUAUGGAAUCGAUUGAUUUGCGUGCGUGAAUUAAUCGAUCUAGCUUUUACACAGAGGAAAAAACGAAAAAAAGUGAUUAAAACUAAUAUUGCAAUGUAUUACCAUACUUAUUUAAUUAAUAUUAUAUUUAUUUUUUCAAAUUCUAUGUGCGGUUUUUUACAGCCAAACUAUAUUUAAUACGUUCAAGUCAAGUAACUUUGAUCCUUUGGAGGGUCACAUUGGCAAAUUAUGACACAGGUAAUACAUAUGGUAGACAGAAAGGUUGCUGCUGCUCGACUAAUAGUAGUCUAGCAGAAAAGGAUUACGGUCACUCAAAAAACUCACAUAGUGGUCAUACCGUAACGGACAUGCUAAUUUUAUUAUUAGUGAUAUUUAUUUUUUAUUUGUAUUAAUAAUUAUAAUAUGAUUUAUAUUUCAUAAAAUUUAAAUGUAAUUUAUCAUUAACAUGUGUAUUUUCAUUUAUUUUAUUCUUUAAUAUUAAAUUAAAUAGUAAUACAGUGUAAUAUUAAUUCUGACAAUGUUUUUUUUAUUUGCAUCAUCUUGCUGUACAAACCUUCUACGAAAGAUAGGGAACUUUUUCUCAAACAGCACUGAACAUCUCGUGAUUAUUAUAAGACCAAUGCGAUUAAUCUUGUUAUAAUUAACGGUGAAACGUUCAUGUUUGAAAAGUCGAUACAUCAGUAUUAUUGUUCAAUAUAACUUUUACACUUUCUCGCACACUAGUCAUACCUUGUUCUUGCAUCACUCUUUCUUCCAACUUCCGCGUCCACAUUUUCAAUUUAUUAUCAUCUCUUGAACUUGCUCAUAAACUCAUAAACUUUUUUUCAUUCGUACAAUGAUAUACAUGUCUGUAUUAUUCGAAUUCUUAGCGCAGCUAUACAACGCUUUGUGAACGUGAUAUUUACUGAAAACCUUUAGCCUUACUAUUGUUUUUAUAGACGUAUAAGAACCUUGACAUCAACAUUCAGAUUUAUUUCCUGUUUUAAAUUACUCCGUAUUAUUUAUUAGACCUCAAUUUCCAUCGUUGCAUAUUCUAGGUUAGUCUCUGCAAAAUUCUCUAAUAAACUUUUCCAUUAUAACAUUGUAUAUGUGGUAAACAUUUUUUUAGUUCUUCAUGUAAUUUUUCAGAAUUUUUGUAUAACUUUUUAGAAAAAUAUAUAACUUUUUUCAAAUUUUUUUAUACAAAUUGUAACACUUUUUAGAUGUGCUAAGAAAAUAUAUCAUUUCUAAAAUUCCUCUUAUAUGAUAUAAAAUCUGAAUCUUCAUUCUAAGAUAUCUCAUUCUAUAAAUUCCGAAGAAAACUAAAAGGACAUUUUUCGGAAAUUUUCAUAUAAUUAAAAUAUGAAAAACUGUCAUAUAUAUGUAUAUACAUGUACUCAUAAUAAUGAGAGAUAUGUAUUAUAAGACUAUUUCACAAAGAGAUCUUUUUAUAUCAUCUUAUUACUCAAUAAAAACAAAUUUUAAUAAUAA